UAGUGUUUCCGGAGGAAAAACACUAGGCACCCUAUAAAAGACCUCACAGCCCAUUCCUCCUCGUUCUCUGAGUGUCACAUCUCCUCUCCAAGUCCUGCCGAACAGGGUCUGCAAAGAUGUGCUCCCGCCAGGACACGGACCAGUGCCACCAGCAGGAACGAUCCUCAUGCCACAGCAGUGACGGGUGCCACGGGAGCGGAGGAUCCGGGUGCCAUGGGAGCAGAGGAUCCGGAUGCCAUGGGAGCAGUGGUGGAUCCGGAUGCCACAGGAACAGCGGUGGAUCCGGAUGCCAUGGGAGCAGUGGUGGAUCCGGAUGCCACAGGAACAGCGGUGGAUCCGGAUGCCAUGGGAGCAGUGGUGGAUCCGGAUGCCACAGGAACAGCGGUGGAUCCGGUUGCCAUGGGAGCGGUGGGGCAUCCUGCCAUGGAAAGCCACAGGAUUGCCAGCAGCAAAUCUAUCAAGUAACCUCAAAGAUGAAGUGAUCAGGACUUUAUCUGCAUGUUAAAUGAAUUCAGAAAGCUUGGCAUGUGACCUAGCAAUCUUCAAAGGAAAUAUCUCCUUUUCCUCCCCUGGCAAGUCCUGUACCUCUGAUUAGUGGGUGCUAGAAAUACAUCGCAUAUGUUCAUGCUUGGCGCGGUUUUCUUUGUCGCAGUUUUUGACUAUAUAUGAGCAAUUACAAACUGGAGUUUCUGAG